AUGCCUUAUCAAAGUAAUUUUGAUUAUUUGGAUGCUCUUUGUUUGAAUGAUCAAUUAACUGAAGAAGAACGAACACUUAGAGAUCAAGCUAGAAUUUAUUGUACUGAAAGAUUAAUGCCUAGAGUUACACAAGCUUUUAGAGAAGAAAAAUUCGAUCCAACAUUGAUUCCAGAACUUGGUAAAAUGGGUUUUCUUGGCGCGCCUUAUAAAGGUUAUGGAUGUGCAGGUGUUUCUACUGUUGGUUAUGGAUUACUUACUAGAGAAUUGGAACGUGUUGAUAGUGGAUAUCGUUCAAUUAUGAGUGUACAAACAUCUUUAGUUAUUGGGCCUUUAUUUCAAUAUGGUAGUGAAGAACAAAAACAAAAAUACAUUCCUUCAUUGGCUAGUGGUGAGAAAAUUGGAGCUUUUGGCAUUACAGAGCCUAAUCACGGGUCUAACCCUGCAGGGAUGGAAACUAAGGCUGUUUGGAAUGAAAAGGAAAAAGUUUACAAACUAAGCGGUGCAAAAUCUUGGAUUUCAAAUUCGCCAGUUGCCGAUAUUUUUAUCAUUUGGGCUCGGAGUGAUAAACACGAAAAUGCUGUUAAGGGUUUUAUUUUGGAAAAAGGAAUGCCUGGCUUGGAAACACCCAAAAUUGAAGGGAAAAUAUCUUUAAGAACUUCAAUUACAGGACAGAUUUUAAUGGAUGAAGUUGCUGUGCCGGAAGAGAAUUUGUUGCCUGGAGCAACCGGACUUAGCGGGCCUUUUGCUUGUUUAAAUAAUGCAAGACUUGGAAUUAGUUGGGGAGCGCUUGGAGCAGCUGAAGCUUGUUUCCAGGCUGCCAGGGAUUAUGCUAUGGAUAGGUGGGUGACUUAA